ACUGCGUCGUACUCACGUGGGUAAAGUGAACUGAAACACACGUGGUUUUUGUUGUUCUCUGGCGUGUUUUGGAGUUUUGUUGCCACGCAACGUUGGUAUCACGCGUAUACGGCUCUGGUAUCUCGCAAUAGAUCCAUGCGAAAUGCAUGCCUAUGUUAAGUUCACUGAUGGUGUGCAUUUGAUUUUGCCCACUUCCCUGGUAAAGAAAUUCACGCCUCGCGAUGCUGCCGACUUCGACGCGACCCGGCUGUACGAGGCCUACUGGGUUUCAGAUUCCGGCGAAGGCGAAGAUGAGGACUUCUACAACGCCAACGUUAUCCUUCUGGGCGGUAAGUAAUUUAUUAGGGGUUAAAAUAACCUUCCAUGCUUUUGUGGGUUAAAAACAUCAUGCGAGUGCGAAAGCUAGUUUCAAGCCAUAAGGCAGUUUUUUUUUUCCUUCUCCUGCUUUCUUUCUUCUCUUCUUUUCUUUUUUUUCUUCUUCUUUCUUUUUUUUUCUUUUUCAAAAUUCAGGCGUGAUCACAUAGCAAAGACCAGUUUGGGCAGGAAGAGACUGGGGCAGUAACUCUUAACUGCUUUCCUUUCGAUCAAGUCUUGAUGAUCUUUUGAAGAAGAUGCAACUGAAGCGGUACCCGAUUCCUAGGAUUUUGGAUGGUAGUGCAACGCAGAAGCAGCCUGCAAGAAAGCAUGUCCAAGACCUUGGACGAAAGGAAAAAAAGAACCGGAAGGAGAUUGGCAAGCGGUCGAGGCUUGAUGACAUCGCUGCAGAUUUUAAGAAAAAGCAAAAGACCCAGGAGACGAGGGCAGCACCUCAAGAGGAUAGGAUCCUUCGACAUCUCCUCCAGGAGAAAGAGAGCAAAAUAAAAAGACUUCAGAAAGAGCUUGCCGAGGAACAGGCUCACAGCCGGAGGCUGGGUUUGGCCCUUGCAAUGAAAAUUGAAGCUGCCUCAGAACCGCAAUGGAGGAGGCCUGGUACUUCAAGCGAGGAGCAUCUGUUGGCUGAACCACCGUCUUUUGAAGGCAUUGAACUGCUCGAAGACUCGCCAAGUCGUCUAGUAGAGGAGGUCCCCAAAAGUCCAGUGCCAUCAACCUCGUACACAGGAAACCUUUCCGGAGCGGAAAAGUCUACCGACCAACCUUCACUGGGCCGAGCUCCUUUACCGUCAGCUGACCAGCAACCGGGAUUCCUGCUGCCAGAGCCCGCUCUACCAUGUGCAGGCCCUGCACCACCAGUGCUGAUCGAAGGAGAUGGAAUGGUUCACCUUGGCAGUGGACUAAAAGUCCCCAAGCUUAAGCUUGAUGAUUUGGUAUCGAAGCUACCGGAGCAACGCUUCGUAAAGGACCUUUCCCGGACGAUCUACUCUACUGCUGAGCUCUGCGCUCGCAGCGUGACCGGAGAGCCGAGCCGGCGCUUUCUUAAAGAGGGCGCGAAAGGGAAGCUGCCGGUAACACCUGCAAAGAUGAUGGCCCUUGGAAGUGGCCUGAUGUACUAUGAGAGGGCAAAGAAGCCAGAGCCUGAACGUCGCCCGAUCCUGGAGCUCCAGACGGUAGUCCGCGACAUCCUAAAAGACUUCUUGCCUGAUGUUGCGAGGCAGGGCAGAAGGAGGGUCGCUCCGAAAGAAUAAAAUGGCAGUGAUUCCUUA